AUAACUUGGCUACUCUUGGGGCUUUGGAUAUGCCUAUAUAUGGUGACUUCCUAAGGCUGGUGUUACGGAAAAACAGCACAUACCUGAAGAGAUGGGAAGCAUGUCAGAGAUAUCCUUGGGUUCCACAGGCCAAGGCAUCCCAUCCCUUGGCCUGGGUACGGCAACUUAUCCCUUUACUGCUUCUGAAACAAUGAAGUCAGCCAUUUUCCAUGCAACCAAACUCGGUUACAGGCACUUCGACUCAGCUGCUCUCUAUGCUUCAGAGCAGCCUCUUGGAGAAACCAUCAAAGAAGCCCAAAGCUUGGGCUUAAUCAAAUCAAGAGAUGAGCUUUUCAUCACUUCCAAACUAUGGUGCAGUGAUACUCACCCUGAACGUGUCCUUCCAGCUCUCAGAAAGACUCUCCAGAAUCUUCAAUUGGACUACCUCGAUCUCUACCUCGUCCAUUUUCCUGCACGCGUGAAGCCAGGGAAAUAUGAAUUUCCCUUUAAUAAGGAAGAGCUUCUCCCCGUGGAUCUUAAAUCUGUUUGGGAAUCAAUGGAGCAGUGCAAGAAGGUUGGGCUCACCAGAUUUAUUGGAGUUAGCAACUUUUCUUGCAAGAAGCUUGAAGAUUUACUUGCUUUCGCCAAGAUCCCUCCAGCCGUCAAUCAAGUGGAGAUGAACCCACUUUGGCAGCAGAAGAAGCUGAGGGAGUUCUGCAAAAAAAGGGGAAUACAUAUUACUGCUUACUCACCCUUGGGUGCCAAAGGAACACCUUGGGGUACUGCCAGAGUUAUGGAGUGUGAGGUCCUAAAAGAGAUAGCAGAGGCAAGAGGAAAGACAAUUGCUCAGGUUUGCUUGAGAUGGGUGUACGAGCAAGGGGUGAGUGUAGUCGUGAAAAGUUUUAACAAGGAAAGGUUGAAGGAGAAUCUUGAGAUCAUUGAUUGGACACUCAGCCAAGAGGAAUUGCAGAAGAUUGAUGGCAUUUCACAACAGAGAGGGCUUACUGCUUUGGAAUUUAUCUCGGAAGAGGGUCCUUACAAGUCCCUUGAUGAGUUUUGGGAUGGAGAGAUAGCAUAAUAUAUGUGGGUGAUCAUGACCUUGCUAUAUAUGUAUCUCUAAUGUCAAAUUGUACUCAGUUCAAUGUAGCUAAAAACACCAGCAUGUGUGUGGGAUAUAUUGGCUGUUGUGGUCAAUUUGCAUCAUCAACAUAACUCUCUUUAUGUUGCACUAAAAGUUUAAUAAUGGGCACAUAUUGUUGUGUAUGUGGGUUUCAGAUGGCGGUAAAUGCAUGUGUUUGGUUAGUAUUAUGUCUCAUAGGCUUGUAUUGUAAUGUGAAGUAGUUAUGCUAAGGGUGUUGGUUAUUAUUAUCGUGGGAAGUAAUUUUUUAUUUACUUAUGAAGUAAUUUGAUUGUGUUAGAUCUCUUCUAAUAGUGGGAGGGAACAAUUAUUGUAAUCAAUUGAUAUUUUCUUUAUAUGUCUUAUCACUAAUGAAAUAGUUAGACUUUGAUAAA